AUGGUAUCAGCAAAACUACAAAGUAACACUACUGACGACCUGUGCAGCAUUUGUGAUGGUAGGGUAGAGUGUGCUCCCACAGCUAUCCUUCUUAUAACCCUCAUACACACACUGUAUGGAAAUCUAGGACCUGAAAUUGACUACUUUAGAAAGAACGUACACGAAGAAAGAAGACUUUCAAAUCUUGAAACGGAAACUAAUAGUGAUGUCCCAAAGUAUAGGGCUGAAAUGAUGUAUAAAUAUCCUAAGAACCAAAAUGUGAACUUUGAACCAGAGGAUGAAGUUAGAGAAACUGAAUAUGACUUUAUAGUGGUUGGUGGUGGUACCGCUGGGUGCGUGGUCGCUAGUCGACUCUCGGAAAAUAGAAAGUGGAAGGUGCUACUGGUAGAAGCGGGUUCUGAAGAACCUAAAAUGGCCCUAAUACCAGGACUCACGAGUGAGUUUAAGGGAUCUGCGUUAGAUUGGCAGUACACUAUGAGACCGAAGAAAGGAUUUUGUCAAAACCAAUCUGAAAGAGGUUGUGAAAUCGUACAAGGCAAGGUUCUAGGUGGAACAUCUACAAUUAACGAUAUGGCAUACGUUAGAGGUAAUCCGGCAGACUACGAUGAUUGGGCACUGGCUGGAAAUGAAGGGUGGAGCUUUAGUCAAGUGCUUCCUUACUUUAAAUACUCUGAGGGUAACUAUGAUAAGGAUAUAACCAGAAAUAAGAAUUACCACUCGACAAGAGGGCCGUUAGAUGUAGGAAGAUACCCGUAUGUAGAUGAUAAUGUAGAUGUGCUAUUAAGUGCAUUUAAUGAAUUAGGUUACAAUUAUACAGAUAUAAAUGGAAGAAAUCAAUUGGGAUUUAUGAGAAUCCAAACAAUGUCAUAUUUUGGAGAAAGAGUAAGCAGCUAUACAGCGUUUAUUGAUCCCAUAAGAAAACUACGAUCAAAUCUUGUAGUUAUAACGGAGGCUUUAGUUAUGAGAAUAUUAUUUGACGAUAAUACAGAGAACUUCAGAGCAAUAGGUAUUGAAUUUGUUAGAAAUGGAUCGAGGCGCCGCGUGUCAGCGUCUAAAGAAAUUAUUCUGUGCGCUGGUACCAUUAAUUCUCCGAAACUAUUAAUGCAGUCAGGGAUUGGACCUAAAGACUACUUGGAGUACUUAAACAUAAAAGUAUUAAAUGACUUGCCGGUUGGAGGAAAUUUUCAAGAUCAUGUAUCUGUAUGCUUACCGGUAAUAAAAUUAACAAAAACAGCAAGGACAGUGAGGUUUCCUGAGAAAUUAAAAGAUAUUACUACCUACUAUACGAAAGGCAAUGGACCAUUAUCGGCAAACUACCAAGUAAUAGCGUUUAAAGAAUCCACUAUCUCUGAUAUUUUCGGUACACCUGACUUAGAGUUUCGAUUUCGUGGACACGACUCUAACAUGUAUUACGAUAAAAUUGAUAUUUGCACAUGUUUAUUGACACCAAAAAGUCGUGGACAAGUAUUAUUAAAUGCAACAGAUCCUGUAUAUGGUAAACCACUAAUAUAUCCCAAUUUUUUGAAAGAGCCUUCUGACGCAAAAAAGUUGUUGGAAGGAAUACAAGAAAUUGUAAAGCUUUUUGAUACUGAAGUUUUCAAGAGUGCUGAGUUUGAAUUUGAUCCCAGGCAUAUAUUAAACAACGAAUGUAGUAAUCACCAGCGUGUAUCUGAAGAAUUUUGGUCAUGUAUCAUCAGACACUUCUCAGCACCUGUACAAAACUACGCUGGUACGUGUAAAAUGGGGCCAGCACAUGAUCAUGAGUCUGUAGUUGAUUCAAACUUGCGAGUAUAUGGCACAGUUAACUUGAGAGUGGUAGACGCUUCAAUUAUGCCAAAAGUAACAAGAGGUUCUACAGCCGCCCCUGUUAUCAUGAUUGCUGAAAAGGCUAGUGAUUUAAUUAAAACUAUAUGGUACUAGUUUAAUACUAAAGAUACUUUAUUAAAAUCUUCUUUAUCGUCCUUAUAAUUAAUGUAAAACUAAACGAAACUUUUAGUUUUCA